CAUCAUCGUACUUUCUUUUCUUUCUUUCUCUCCGUGCUCGUGUGGGUUCCUUCGCUUUCUGCUCUCUCUCUCUCUCUCUCUCUCUCACCUCUUUUAUUCUUCCUCUUCUUCUCCUCGCUACUCUCUGAGUCCGUGCACGCCGAAAACAAUGGUAGAUCUUCAAACCGUUUGCUGCAUGUGCGGUGACGUUGGUUUCCCUGACAAGCUUUUCCGCUGUAACAAAUGCCGCAAUCGCUUCCAGCACUCCAACUACUAUGGAGAGUUACCGGAGAUAGAACUGUGCGAUUGGUGCCAGAGCGAGGAGAAGAACUUGAGACAUAUUGGCUCCAAUUCGAAGAAACCGGUGGCCGGAAUUGAGGCCGGAACCGCCAACCGUUCGGAAUAUUCCGGCGAGAAAUUGAUGAAGCAGCAUGAUCAUCGUGAUGAGAGUGGUUCGGAGAAGGGGAAGAGCCCCACGCCGUCACCGCGACCCGGCACACGCAGGUACAAGCUUCUGAAGGAUGUAAUGUGUUAAAGAGAGGGAAAGAAACCAAGCUAGCGUCUCAACAAAACCAGGAGCAAGAAAAUACCAAUGUUAUAGUUAAGGUGACUUUUGUGUCUAAAACAUGUUUUGAGUUAGUAGAGUGAAGUAGCUUUGCAAAGAGUGUGUGUUUCUUUGAGUGUUCUUCUCUACUUUGAGCUCUUGUUUCGAGUGGCUUUUCAUCAAGUUGUGAAUAAAACUAUGCAUCUUUAAUAGCU